ACCCAUCCACAACACCAAGCAUGCAACCAUGCCGAACUGGCCCUUCUUCAGGAUUACUAGACAUUAGCCCCAUCAUUGCUUCAUCAUCACUAGGCGCUGGUCCUGAUGUUGGCUCUACGUCAACAUUAGGUGGAAUCUCGGGCACAAAAGUGGAGUUUGGCGCUAGUGCAGACACUGGCGCUUCGUCAGUGCUAGGUGGAAUCUCAAGCACGACAGGUGAGCUCGGCCCUUAUGCUGGGCAAUCCUUAAUGAGCCUGGCCCUUUUUGUUGGAGAUCCUGGACCCCAUGCCUGUCGUUUCUGGCCCACUUGCUCUACAAUCAUUUCUUUCUCACUGAUCAAGUACGCAAGGACUAAAGAGGAAAGACAAUCAAAGGGUAAGCUUAGGGGAUUCUCUAGAAAGUUAUAG